GAUAAUGACAUUUUGUGUGUUUGUUUUCUGUGAGUCUCUCUCUCUCUAUACAGUUUAAUGUGUCCUAUGCUGCAACCAAAAAUAGUUUGAGCCAGUCAAGUGUAACUUCCCACAGUCUCCCAGUUAAACUGUGCUAAAUAAGAGUGUGGCUCCCUCUGCUGGUGGACUGGUGAAGACUUUGGAGUUUGGAAGAUGCGUAAAAGUAGAAAUAAGUUCAAAGCACGACUAAACAAAACUGUGAAAGAUUUAAUAGGGCGCUUUAUUAAUUAAAGUAAUUCCUUAAUUAAGACUUCUGGAGAAUUGAAAACGUCAAUUGAACUGAUUCACAUAGUGAGUUUUAUCCCUGAUUUAAUUAACAAAUCUUUGUUUCCAGUCUAAAUAACCAGUGCACUAUUAGGAAACAGACUUAGACCAGUGUUUAAGGUGGAUGAGUCAAGACGGGUCACCCAAAAAUAAGAGUCCUGUCUGACCAAGAGCAUCGGGAUAAACAGACAGAGGUGGAAGUGGCCCUUCCGCUGCAGCAAACCCGCACAUCUGCUUUGGGGGCGAGUUUUUUUUUUUUUUUUUCCUUUUUACGCAAAGGAUGUGAGCAGGAGUGGCACUCGGGGGGCUUUAAAUAGGAACUGUCUCCAAACUUUGGGACAGCAGAGCAUCUGAAAACUUCAAGCAGCUCGCAGUGGAAAGCACCGGUUUGCUCUAGGAUGGACGUCAACAACAGAAGAUUUGGGAUGAGGGACACUGUGCUGGCGCUCUUACUCGCUGUCCUCCAGGGAGGAUUUCAUCUCGGGGAAACGGCCCCGAACCCGUCGCCUCUGGUUGGAUCCAACUGGGGGAACCCGAGGAGAUACAUUCACCUGCAGACAUCCACAGACCUCAACAACUUCUACUUGGAGAUCAGAUUAGAUGGCACUGUGCGCAAAACUACAGUCAGGAGUUCAUAUAGUGUGAUUUUACUGAAAGCUGAAACAAGGGAACGCAUCGCCAUCCUCGGCGUCAAAAGUAACCGUUACCUGUGUAUGGAUUUGGAGGGCAACCCGUUCAGCUCUCCCAUCUGCCUCCGGGACGAUUGCCUGUUCAACCACAGACUUCUGGAAAACAACCGGGACGUGUAUUACUCCAGCCGGACCGGCAUCCUGUUCAACCUGGAAGGCUCCCGGCAGGUGUUCUCAGCGGGCCAGAACCUGCCGCAGACUUCCCUCUUCAUGCCCAAGAAGAACACGGUCCCGCUGGAGCGCCUCCUGCUGCACAGAGAGAAGAGGAACCAGGUGGUGGAUCCAUCCGACCCGCACAAUGUCUACAUGGGACAAACAGAGGAGGGCUCGGACUCUCGGGCCGUGCAGGAGGACGACGCCGAACUGGAGGUGGAGGUCGAGGUAGAGGUUGGAGACGAUGGGCUCAACGUGUCCCGGGAGACUCCACUGGCUCCGUCCAGCCACGACCCCUGGAACGUGCACUCAUCCAACCUGGCCAGCCCCCGGAGCACCGGGACCAUGGGCUGAUUUCAGUGGUGACUUAUAUAUUUACCUUACUCUGAGUGAGUUAACUAUGUAGUUUGUGGGACUUUUAUUUUGAAAAACUAAAAGGACAACAUUCAGGUUGUGCCUUAUUUUUCAGAGUGAUUUAAAAAUGUCUCUUCAAUCAUCACUCAUUCAGAAAAAACAGUGUUUAUACACUGUAUGUACAAAAUAUUAGACUUGACUUGCAACCCCUUUUGCACAAUUUCUAGUGUUCACACACAUUUUAUUUUACACAUCUCCUGCUCUGGGAUGUCUUUAUCUGGAUUCAUCUCAUCGGUAAUGAAUAUUUUGGAUGAUAUGUGGAUGUCACCGCAGCUACAAAAAAAUCUCUUUAUGUGCCAGGAUGAGUGAUGAAAAUCCAUUUCCCAUCCCCAUCCAUUAUAAUUAGUUUUAUUUAUUGGCACUCUCUCACACUGAUGUAUCACUUAGAUGAGAGAUGGCACUAAAUAUUGAUUGAAUUAUUCAUACAGGCUAUUUAGUUUCCCCCCAGAGAACUAGGAUUCAUUUUAGAAAAGCAAACAAAUCCUUAAUAAUCAGUCAGCAUCCUUUCAUUUGGUGUUUUUUUUGUUUUGUUGUGGUCUCUUCUCAUUGAGGUUUUUUACAGCUGGUCUGAGAAACCCACAUUUCAAAGUGACAUUCCUGUUAAUCUCAAGACAGAAGCCUAACUUAGCCUACCUCUAGAGGACUGAAGGGCCCUGUCUGCUGAUGUGGAAGUAGGCAGACGUGAUUUUAAACCAAAAAUAUACACACGAAUAUACUUAAGAGUGGCAUUUAGUAGAGUUAGGGAUACGUUUUGCCUAUAUUUUUAAAGUCCUGAGUUUACUGAGUUUGUUUCUUGUUAGAUUUUGAACCUAAAACAGCAAAGUUUUUCCUAAACUUACAGUUCACCACAAUUACAGUAUCUGUUGUGUUAAUGUGUCUGUAUUUGUACAAUCCAAAUCAUGACUUGAAUAUAAUAACUACAGGGUAAAUAACCUUUACAGAACAGUAAUAUUAAUAUCAAAUUUGAACGUACUGUUAUGUGAUUAUUUGUUUCAGGUGCUGGGCACCACCAGCAAAACACGUUUAAAAGAAAAAAAAAAACAAGUCCCAAAGAGUAUUUAUUUAUUUAAAUCCAUUCCUUUGUUGUUAUUUAUGGUAUUUAUAAGGAUGCUUUACAGUUACAUGUAUAUAUAAUAAUAAAAAAAACAUGGUUUGUCUUUGAAUGUAUAAGUUGGAGAUGUGGACGGAGUGUUGUUGCUUGAAUUUGGGACAAAAUAAACUAAAGAAAGGAAACAUGUUCAGUGUUGUGUGUUAUUCAUGAGAGGAAGCGCCAUGAAUAUGUAUAAGUUUUUAUAAGUAACACAGUUUACUAAGCAGUUCCGCUCAUUAUCUGCACUUUCACAGCUUUUCCGCUUAAUUAACACACAGGUACACGGAGUUGCAGCUGAGUCAUGUCUCCAAAAAUAAACUUUGUGCUAUUUUUUUUUCACCUGAAUUAACAGUUAAAUUGGUCAAAUGUGCCCAUAUUAACCUUUGACGUGCCAAGGGCAGAGCUCGACGUUUUUGGGGUUGCCAGGCAACCUGCUAGCCGUUUCCCCCGGUUUCCAGUCUUUGUGCUAAGCUAAGCUAAGCAAAGCAACUCCAACUUCAGUUAAAUGGGAGUUAUGUCA